ACACAAGUAGACACGCACAAACGGGUGAACACAGAGACCCUCACACACACACACGCAGGUAAUCAGUGAAAUGAGUCUUAGUGGCCAGAGUCCGAUUUAAAACCACAUAUCCACCUGCCGGGACACAGCCCCGUGGAUCAGGGAGAGGACACCGAGAGACACCAGUGACUCCCGACUGACUCCUCGCAGCAUGUCCAGCAGCGCAAUAUCGGCGAUCUCUAACGGAGACCACCCCAGCGAGGGCACCAAGGCCUUCCUACCCCCUGAGGGGGGCUCCCACCAGCCAAGUACCAGCUCCCAGGACAAGGUGCGGCUAAAGAAGAAAGUGACGCUGCUGAGGGGCAUAUCGAUUAUCAUCGGCACGAUCAUCGGAGCGGGCAUCUUCAUCUCUCCCAAGGGAAUCCUGCAGCACACUGGCACUGUCGGGAUGGCGCUGGUUAUGUGGACUGCCUGCGGGAUACUCUCACUUUUCGGAGCGCUCUGCUAUGCUGAACUUGGGACCAGUAUAAAGAAAUCAGGUGCUCAUUACACUUACAUCCUGGAAGCCUUCGGUCCCCUACCAGCUUUCAUUCGAGUCUGGGUAGAACUCAUUGUCAUACGACCUGCAGCCACUGCUGUAAUAUCACUAGCCUUUGGCCAAUACAUACUGGAGCCAUUUUUUAUGCCCUGCGGAAUCCCAGAAAUUGCUAUCAAACUGGUCACUACCAUUGGCAUCACUGCGGUAAUGUAUGUUAACAGCAUGAGCGUCAGCUGGACUGCACGGCUACAGAUCUUUCUGACAUUCUGCAAACUUGCUGCCAUUUUAAUAAUCAUCUUCCCUGGAAUGGUGUGUUUAUUCAAAGGAGAAACACAACAUUUCAAUCUGCCAUUUCAAACAAAAGAAUUUAACCUUAUGGGAGUUCCUCUCGCUUUCUAUUCUGGAAUGUAUGCAUAUUCUGGAUGGUUUUACAUGAAUUUUGUCACAGAAGAAGUUGAAAAUCCUGAUAAAAAUAUACCUCUCGCUAUCUGCAUAUCAAUGGCAGUUGUUACAGUCGGAUAUGUUUUAACAAAUGUAGCUUAUUUCGCCGUAAUGAGUCCUGAGGAGCUUUUGGCUUCCGAAGCAGUAGCUGUGACCUUUGCAGAGCGAUUGAUGGGCAAGUUCUCCAUAACAGUACCAAUUUUCGUUGCUCUUUCUUGCUUUGGGUCUAUGAAUGGAGGUGUCUUCGCUGUUGCCAGAAUGUUUUAUGUUGCUUCACGAGAGGGUCAUCUGCCAGAAAUACUGUCCAUGAUCCAUGUUCGUAAACAUACACCUCUUCCUGCUGUAAUUGUGUUGUACCCUUUAACUAUCUUCAUGCUGUUUGUGGGUGAUAUUUAUAGUCUGUUAAAUUUCCUGAGCUUUGUCCGAUGGCUCUUCAUUGGUCUGGCUGUAACUGGUCUGAUAUACUUGCGAUACAAGCGUCCAGACAUGCCACGGCCAUUCAAGGUGCCUUUGUUCAUCCCAGCUUUCUUUGCCUUCACCUGUCUCUUCAUAGUGGCACUGUCACUGUAUUCUGAUCCCAUCAACACUGGCAUAGGAUUUAUCAUCACUCUGACUGGCAUUCCUGCCUAUUAUUUGUUUGUAGUCUGGGACAAAAAACCAAAGUGCUUCAAGAAACUAAUGUAUUUAAUGACCAGAACAGCCCAGAUUAUUCUUCAGGUCGUGCCUCCAGAAAAACAGGAUGACUGAGGAGCUCCACUGACUGGACUAGCUGCUGAAUGAAUAUAAACAAUGUGAGACUACAAAUGUCAAAGAAAUGCUUGGUCAUUUCAACAACUGCAUCCACUGGAAUCCUAACUUCUUCCUAACACUUACAAAAAUCAUUUUAUGGCAUGUCUGAGCCCCUGAAAUCCUAUGGUGGCGAAUUCUUCUGGUCUUUUGCCUAUUGGGAAACUGACAGAAAUUGAGCCUAUUCAGUUGUUUAAGCCCUUUCUCCAGCGUCGGACUGAUCAUCCACCAACAUUUUGGCGAUAAACCAGGAGAAACACUCUCCAGGAUUUCAGAUCCAGGGUAUUUACUAUUAUCUCUGCAAGUGAUGGACUGAAUGGUUUUCUAAUAAUGAGGUUUGUAUUUAUUAAGUGGUAUCUUUUUUUUCUCUGAAAGUAGAUGUGACUAUGCAGACCAAUUGUUUGUUCUUUUUUGUAGAAAUAUGUAAUCACUUUGUAUAUAAAGUAAUGUAGUUCUGUU